GACUUAUUGGAGUUGCAAAAAUCAUGCAGAGGAUUCCUGUGUACCUGAUCAUUUUUUUCAGUGUUUUAAUAUCUAAAUAGCUGGUGAUGAUUCUUUGCGUUUGUUUUGCUGUAGCGUAUCCCUACUCGUAGCUGGUGAAGAAUGGGCGAGAUAGAAGGGACAUACAGAGCCCUGCAGACCCCAGGGGCUCGCCUGGGCGCCCAGCCCCUCACGGGUGUGAGCACCCUGGAGCCCGGGCAGGCUCCCUCGGCUGGGAUGGCACGGAUGGCGGCCAGAACACAGGAGACGCGCUCUCCCCUCAGGGUAAAGCUGCUGGACAACUCCGUGGAGAUGUUUGACAUUGAGCCCAAGUGUGACGGCCAGGUUUUGCUGACACACGUGUGGAGGCGUUUGAACCUGAUAGAAUGCGACUACUUUGGGCUGGAGUUUCAGAACGUCCCGUCCUGCUGGGUUUGGCUUGAACCUAUGAAACCCAUCAGUAGGCAAGUACGAAGGCCGAAGAGCGCAGUGCUUCGCCUGGCUGUGAAGUUUUUCCCGCCCGACCCAGGUCAGCUGCAGGAGGAAUACACGCGGUACCUGUUUGCCUUGCAACUUAAGAGAGAUCUGCUGGAAGAGCGCCUGACCUGCACAGACACCACCGCGGCCCUCCUCGCGUCCCACCUUCUGCAGUCGGAAAUAGGGGAUUACGAUGAAACCCUGGAUCGCGAGCACCUCAAAGUCAACAAGUACCUGCCCCACCAGGAGCGCUCUCUGGAGAAGAUCCUGGAAUUCCAUCGGAAGCACAUGGGCCAGACGCCAGCUGAGUCGGAUUUCCAGGUGCUUGAGGUUGCCCGGAAGUUGGAAAUGUAUGGCAUCAGGUUUCACAGGGCUUCCGACAGGGAGGGCGCCAAGAUUAACCUGGCCGUGUCUCACAUGGGAGUCCUCGUGUUCCAGCGCUCCACCAAAAUCAACACUUUCAACUGGUCCCGGGUCCGGAAACUCAGCUUCAAGAGGAAGAGGUUCCUGGUCAAGCUCCACCCUGAGGUCCACGGGCCUUACCAGGACACCCUGGAGUUCUUGCUGGGCAGUAGAGAUGAGUGUAAGAACUUCUGGAAGAUCUGCGUGGAGUAUCACACCUUCUUUAGACUCUGUGAUCAGCCGCAGCCGAAGGCCAAGGCCGUCCUCUUCAGCAGGGGCUCCUCCUUCAGAUACAGUGGGAGAACUCAGAAGCAACUGGUAGAAUACAUCAAAGACGGUGCCGUGAGGAGGACUCCGUAUGAAAGGAGACACAGCAGGACGCGGACGUCCGGCCGCACUCUGACUGCAGACCUGCCAAAGCAGAGCAUCUCCUUCACCGAGGGCAUGAUGACUUCCGCGUCCCCACUGUCAGCACACGCCUCCUUCUAUUCGGUCCCUACCUCCCCUGUGGCCCCUCCCAGCUGGCCUGAGGUCAAGGACGGCAGUGUCUCUCUGAUGGAGCCCCAGGCUCCCCACACCAAGAGGCCGGCUGCAGAGAGGAGCAGCGGAGCCGUGGAGGGCCCCGACGCGAGGCAGGCCCAGCCCCCUGGGCCCCCUGCGCUCCAGCCUUGUCAAGGCCUUCCCCCGGACGGUCCUCAGCCUGCUCCCUCUACCCGGAAGAGCCCGCUGAGCCUGAGCCCCGUGUUUCAGGAGGCUCUGGGCCCAGCCGAGCAGGGCUCCUUGCCGCUCCUGAGCCCCGUCCUCAGCGACGCUGGCGGAACCAGGAUAGACGAGUUGGAGCCGAAACACAAGGGCCCGGGCGCGGACGAGGCCUACUUCAUAGCGAGGGAGAUUCUCGCCACAGAACGGACGUACCUGAAGGAUUUAGAAGUUAUUACCGUGUGGUUCCGCAGCGCGGUGGUCAAGGAAGACGCCCUGCCCGCGGACCUGGCGACCCUGCUCUUCGCCAACAUAGACCCCAUCUAUGAGCUCCACAGAGGCUUCCUGCGCGAGGUGGAGCAGAGGCUGGCACUCUGGGAAGGACCUUCCAGUGCCCAUGUCACAGGCGGUCAGCAGCGAAUCGGGGACGUCCUGCUCAGGAACAUGCUUCAGCUAAAGCAGUUUACCGGCUGCUUCCAAAGGCACGACGAGGUCCUGACGGAGCUGGAAAAGGCAACCAAGCGCCUCAAGAAGCUGGAGACGGUGUACAGAGAGUUCGAGCUCCAGAAGGUCUGCUACUUGCCCCUCAACACGUUCCUGCUGAAGCCCAUCCAGCGGCUGGUGCACUACCGCCUGCUGCUGAGACGGCUGUGUGGGUUCUACGCGCCCGGGCACCCCGACUACGCCGACUGCCGCGACGCCCUCACGGUCAUCACGGAGGUGACCUCCACGCUACAGCACAGCCUCGUCCGGCUGGAGAACCUCCAGAAGCUGACGGAGCUGCAGCGGGACUUGGUCGGCAUCGAGAACCUCAUCGCUCCGGGCAGGGAGUUUGUCCGCGAGGGCUGCCUGCACAAGCUCACCAGGAGGGGCCUGCAGCAGAGGAUGUUCUUCCUGUUCUCAGAUAUGUUGCUGUACACGAGCAGAGGUGUCUCGGGAACCAGCCACUUCCGGAUCCGGGGCCUCCUCCCGCUGCGCGGCAUGCUGGUAGAAGAAAGCGAGAGUGAGUGGUCUGUUCCACACUGUUUCACUAUCUAUGCAGCUCAGAAAACAAUCGUGGUGGCAGCCAGCACUCGGCUGGAAAGGGAGAAGUGGAUGCAUGACCUCAGCAGCGCCAUCGAGGCCGCCAAGGGCAGCGGGGACACAACCCUGGCUCUGCCAGGCAGCGCGGUGCCCGCUCCUCCCCGCAGGCUCUCCGACGAGGCCUCUCUGGAGCAGGAAUCAGAAGAAGACCCCCGCGGUGCCCAGGGCUCCUCGGAGGGGCAGGGGCAGGGCCAGCACCAGCACCGGGCCAACACCACGGUGCACGUGUGCUGGUACCGCAACACCAGCGUCUCCAGAGCCGACCACAGCGCGGCCGUCGAGAACCAGCUCUCAGGGUAUCUGCUAAGAAAGUUCAAGAACAGCAGCGGCUGGCAGAGGCUCUGGGUGGUCUUCACUAACUUCUGCCUGUUCUUCUACAAAACACACCAGGACGACUACCCCCUGGCCAGCCUCCCCCUGCUGGGCUACAGUGUGAGUGUCCCCAGGGAGGCCGAUGGCAUCCAAAAGGAGAAUGUCUUCAAGCUGCAGUUCAAAUCCCACGUCUACUUCUUCCGGGCCGAGAGCCAGUACACGUUUGGGAGGUGGAUGGAGGUGAUUGAGCGUGCCAGCAGCUCGCCGGGGAAGGCCGGGGCCCCCGCGGAAGAGGCAUGAAGCCCGUCCUGCCUGGACAAGGACAGCCCAGGAAGCAAAGCAGUCAGCACAGGCCCCACGACGGCUCACCCCAGACCUUCCCCACAAUGACCAGCAGUGGUGGGCCUCACAGUAACAUCUGGGAGGGACGCUGUCCCCUUGAAGACCCAGUGCAGUCCCUUGGCCCUGUGGGGCCCUGGGAAGAGCACAGUGGAAAUGUGGUCCUGGCUGCAGGUAGCAGCCAAGCUGGUGCUCCCCUGCCCUCUCCUCUUGGAGAACAGGGCCCCGAGAACCUGCUGCGAGCAGGAACCGGGUGGCCCCACAUCACCCACUGCAGCUGUGCACAGGACUGGCUGCUGUCCUUCAGUCGGGACCAACCAGGGGUGGGGCACAGGCCUCGAGUCACAGCUGCACAAAAGUCCAGCAGAAGCCACUCUGGUGCCCACAUACCUCUAGAGACGUGUAAACCAAAGUUCCGUGCGGCCCUGGAGGGCAAGGGCCUCUAAUUUAUUAGCACCCAGUGCGUGUGUAUGAAAAUAAAGGGCAUGUUUCUGCGCCUGCCUGCUGCUCUCUGCAGUCUUGGGUCCCUCCAAGGUCACCCUGUGCUGUGACGACUCAGAAGCCAGGCACUGGGCACUCCAAGAGGGAGACAGGGCUGUUGGGACCUCGCCUGGGU